UCUACCAAUCGUGUAACGAGAAGUAAGUUGCGCUUUUACCGCUGGAGGACAAAUCAAAGAGUGGGUUGGUUUGAAGUCUCACAGCGGACAACGCCCACCGAUGUGUCUGAGUGACCCCAAAGUUGCUAUUUUGGGCUGGUACCGAAAACACAAUAGCGCGCCGUGGGUUUACGUCAGGCAGCACGCUCUCGCUCUGCGCAUUUCUGCACAGGUUCAGCAGUCGUGAGUGCGGAGACGACACAUCAAGUGUCUCAACGAGAAAACAUUCAACGAGAGACAUAAUAAAUGUAUGUUUCGAGACAUACAUGCGCACAUUUGAUCUUAUUAUUGGAUACCAACUAAGGAGCACAAAUCUUCCUUCUGCACACCAGUUUUUCUUAAUCUAAAGGGGAAGCUGUUGUGCCCUGAUAUUCUUUCACACCUUUAAUCGUCAGGACCACCGUGACACAGCACAACCAUGCCUAAGAGCAGUAAAGUCCUUUUAACGGUAAAGCAUGAGCACAUUAAUGAACCUGUCACAGAAUCUGUGGCCGACCUUCUGGCGCUGGAGGCUCCCAUGGACUACAAGAGCAGCCAGAUGAGCAUGAAUAUGGCGGGAGGGGGAGCUCAGCCCAUUGGCAAACAAGACGCCUCACCCGACCUGGAAGACGGUCGCCCUGCCUGGAACAGUAAGCUGCAGUACAUCCUAGCCCAGGUGGGAUUUUCAGUGGGCCUGGGCAAUGUUUGGCGUUUCCCUUACCUUUGCCAGAAGAAUGGAGGAGGUGCCUACCUUGUUCCAUACUUCAUCCUUCUUCUCCUUAUUGGCAUCCCACUGUUCUUCUUGGAGCUGGCGGUUGGCCAAAGGAUCCGUCGUGGGAGCAUCGGAGUGUGGAAUUAUGUUUAUCCACGACUGGGUGGUAUUGGAGUGUCCAGCCUGAUGGUGUGUGGCUUUGUGGGUCUGUACUAUAAUGUGAUUAUCGGCUGGAGCAUCUUCUACUUUUUUCAGUCGUUUCAGUACCCACUGCCCUGGAGUGAAUGUCCCAUCAGGAGAAAUGGCAGCCAAGCCAUUGUGGAACCCGAGUGUGAGAAGAGCUCUGCGACAACGUACUUCUGGUACCGUGAGACCCUGAACAUCACCAGCACAAUUGCAGAUAGUGGGGGUCUGAACUGGAAGAUGACUCUGUCUCUGUUUGCUGCUUGGCUAAUUGUCUGUUUGGCUGUUAUAAGGGGCAUUCAGUCUUCUGGGAAGGUGAUGUAUUUCAGCUCUCUUUUCCCUUACGUGGUACUCUUCUGUUUUCUGGUGAGAGGGCUGUUUCUUAAAGGAGCAGUAGAUGGUAUCGCUCACAUGUUCACUCCCAAGCUGGAGAUCAUGUUGGAGCCACAGGUAUGGCGGGAGGCUGCCACUCAAGUCUUCUUCGCUUUGGGUUUGGGCUUCGGAGGAGUCAUUGCUUUCUCCAGCUACAACAAGAGAGACAACAACUGUCAUUUCGAUGCCGUUCUGGUCUCCUUUAUCAACUUCAUGACCUCCAUAUUGGCCACACUGGUGGUGUUCGCUGUGCUGGGCUUCAAAGCCAACAUCAUGAAUGAGAAAUGUGUGGUGGAGAAUGCCGAAAAGAUUCUGGGCUACCUGAACUCAAAUGUAUUGACUCCGGAUCUCAUCCCUCCUCAUGUCAACUUCUCCCAUCUCUCCUCGUCUGAUUAUGCCGAGAUGUAUGGCGUGAUAAAGAUCGUGAAAGAAGACAGUUUCGCACAGCUGGGUCUGGAACCGUGUUUGCUAGAGGAUGAACUCAAUAAGGCUGUUCAAGGCACUGGAUUGGCCUUUAUUGCUUUCACAGAGGCUAUGACCCAUUUUCCAGCUUCUCCCCUCUGGUCUGUCAUGUUUUUUUUCAUGUUAAUUAACCUGGGCCUGGGCAGCAUGAUUGGCACCAUGACUGGCAUCACCACACCUAUUCUGGAUACCUUCAAAAUUCGCAAAGAGGUCCUGACAGUGGGCUGCUGCAUUGUGGCAUUUUUCUGUGGUUUGCUGUUCGUCCAGCGUUCAGGGAACUACUUUGUAACCAUGUUCGAUGACUACUCGGCUGGUUUGCCUCUCACCAUCGUGGUAAUCCUGGAGAAUGUAUCUGUAGCCUGGAUCUAUGGUACCAAGAGGUUCAUGCAGGAUCUGGAAGACAUGCUGGGUUUCAGACCUUACCCUAUAUACUUCUACCUGUGGAAAUAUGUGUCUCCAGUGUGUCUGAUCAUACUGAUUUCUGCCACUGUUGUAGAGAUGGCCAUCAGCCCCCCGGGAUACAAUGCAUGGGUGCAGGACCUGGCUACUGAGAGGUUUCAAAGUUAUCCUACUUGGGCACUGGUCAUGUGUUUUGCUCUCAUUAUUGUGGCCAUGCUUCCUCUCCCAUUGGUUUUCAUUGCUCGUCACUUUAACUGGCUCCCCGAUGGCUCCAACAAGCUUUCCGUCUCUUACCGCAAAAGCCUGGCGAAGGAGGCCUCCACCCUGGAAGACGAGACAAGGUUUAUACUGGGGAAGAAUCCCAGCGAAGCUCCUUCUCCCAUGCCAAGUCACCGGGCUUAUCUGGGCCCGGGUAGCUCAUCUCCUGUGGAACUCAUCACCAACUCUACCUCCAUCAGCGGUUACGGCAGCAGUUACCAAACCAACCCCGCCCCUCCCAAAUCUGAGUCAUGAUUCUCCAACCCACCAACCACAGACUGAGAUGGAAAAAGUGAGAGAGAAGAGAGGAACAUAUUGAUGAGAAGGUCUUAAGUGUUGGUUACACCUUAACCCCGGCCAGAUGAGCAGGACGUCCAUUUACUUGUACAGACUAAAGAUGUUGGUCUAUAGAUGAAAAAUCCUGGGCUUUCUGUAUCAGUCACAUGAGUAAGUGUAAGGUGAUGUAUUUGGUAAGCUGGUGAGUUAACUUUUCAUAUACCGAUACAUUUUGUUAAACAUUCCAGCCACUGGUUAAAUGACAGAUCUGGUCACCAUUCCUAAUUUUGGUCCCAGUAAAUGCCAUUGGGGGUUACACACCCCUCUUUGAGUGUUACAUGCUGAUAGUUUUCACUCAGGUUAAGGUGUUACCAAUACUGCACAUGAGAUGCCAUUUUCAUUUAAACCCACCCUUAGACAACUCAGAGGGGGCUCAGAGAAACGAAUCUUUCACUUAUUAAUAAUGAAUAUCAUAUCACUGUUAAAUACAGAUCAGUAGAGAGGAACAUUAGCUGUGAUAUUUGUUAGCAGACCGAAGCGUAUGUUCAGUGUUGUACAGUUUACAGAUUUUGCACAACAACAGUUUGUCAUUGUACCACAGGAGGCCGACAUACGUAUUCACACAACGCACAUAGUCUCAGUGCAGUAUCAUAUAAUAUAUAUACAGUAUCAUUGUCAGGAUCGAAUUACAUUUCAAACUGUAAUAACUAGAUUAAAUAGAGUAUAUAUUAUACUUAAUUUUAAACUAGAUGUUUUUAUUUUUAUAAAUAAAACAAAUGUGACAGCCUAAUGAGAGGUUAUAUGUACACAGCACAGGAAAUAAGAGUUGCAAUAAGGAGACAGUUUGAGCCAACUCCACCAAGCACAACAGCUUAUGCAUUUAACACCAAUUUUCUGCAAUACUAGACAUAAUUUUAAAGGCUUUUGUUACUGUUCAGUCUCCGAGUUUGUUAUUUGCAAGUUUUUUUAUCUUCUUUGAAAGAAAUGGUGCUUGGUGGGGCAUGCUUAUGGUAGUAUGGCAAGAAAAUAUAAUCCUUAUUCCAAGUGAAAUUUCUUAAGAGGACACUUAAGAAGACACAUCUUUUUAAGUGGUAUCCGGUUAUAGGGUUUACAAAUACCAUAUGAUAUUAUUUGCAAAUAUUUUAAUUCUUUGCAGUUUAAAAAACUAAUAAACUUUAAAUCAAAUGAAAAAAUAAACAGGACACAGUGGAACGUGCAAAUGGUAAAAUAUGUAAAAAUAAAUAAAUAAUAUGUUAUUUAAAAAAUAUGUUAUGUAAAAAGCAGGAACCAAAGUUUGUCUCAGUGUGUGUAACAUGUAGAGUCUAUUUAUGUGUUGUUUAGGGUGAAUACAGUGAAGACUGCCUAAUGUUAAUGUGAACUGCUGCUGUUAAAAGCUCACUGCCUACUAAUCUGUAAAUCUAAACAAUACUCUUGUUUUUAGUUUAGUUUAUGUGGUCUUGUAAGAUACUUUGCUCUCAAUGAAAGAGAUUAAUUUCAGUAUUCAUUCCAGUCAGAAUAGAUUCAGGGAGCGGGGCAGAGAUGAAGAGGAGAGAAAUGUGUGAAGAUACGGAGGAAUUGUAACACAGAUGUAUAAAACAGCACAGCGUUUGAUCGUCCAGCUGCAUGCGUCUUUUGCGUCCGUCACAAAGACUGUAGAGGUAAAAAUAGACACAGACCAGGCUGGUUACCCAGGGGAACCUGUGGCAAAGAGACAGAGCGGCUGCAUGGUAAUGAGUCCUAGUCUGGGUGCUUAUGUGUUGGGGCUUCAAGAUGGUCCUGUAAGGGCCUUCUGGUAUCCUUAGCAACGACUGAAUUUUCAUGACAAAUGGGGGGAAUAAUUUACAAGCCACAGACUAUUUGGCCCGCACUUGCACUGUGAUGGAUUGCGGUGCCAUUCUUUGAAAGAAAUGAUGGAGGUUAAAAAUAUAAAGCCAUUCAUCCAAGAAAGAAAUUGGAUAAAACACCAGUUUUGAUGUUGAAUACAGAAUGCUCUUUUUAAAGUAAUAGUUAACCCUAAUAUGAAAAUGACUUCCUUUCUUCAGUUAAACACAAAUAAUUUUAUAUUUUGCAAUGUUAUCAUGUUAUCCGUUUAACAAUGCGCUCCAGAAAGCGCAUACAUCCAUUAUUAUAAACGUUAAAAAUGCGCAAAUGACGACUAGUCACAAGACAUCAAUGAGAUUCGACGUUAUUAGGUUUUGGCUAGAAGGGUGACAGCAAACGUAGAAAUCUCGCGAGAUGUUGGGUUUAGAGGUAGGAUUGGGAUUAAAACAGCGGUUGUGGCUGGAUGGGAUACAACUAAAGCCUAAAUCCUGUGAAAUGUUGGGUUGAGGGUUAGGUUUGGGGGUAAGAUUAGGAUAAAACAAAAAGGUUCACCUGGUGAGAUUUUACGAGAUUUCUGCGUUUCCUGUAUCCCUUCUAGCCACAAUACUGAGGUGCCGGUGUAUUUGAAGUUACGGCGCUGAUUUGUAUGUUGCCAUGGAUACACAAUAUAUAAUUUGCUAAAUACGCUCAAAAUAUUAAUAUUUUUUCUAUUACAAAAGUAUCAUUUUGGUUUAAAAGACAUAAUUAUCCCAUUGGCGUAAUUUUGUGUACUUUAUAUGUACGUGCUUUUCAUCAUGAUGAGCCCCAUUUUAAUAUAAAAUUGUGUUAUUGAAGAAAGAAGUCAUAGCCUAUAUCUGAGAUGACAUGAUGGGUUUCUAACUUGAGAUAAUUAUAUUUUGGUAAAUGAUUCCUUAUGAGGAAUGAGUCAGAUGAGAUUGAUCAAUCGAGCACAUAGGUUUAGAAAUCAGCACAGGCUUUGUUUGCAUCAAAAUAUGUAUUUUUGAAGUGUGUAGUUGUUCGUCAAGUGGUUAUGUAUAAAUGUCAAUGUUGUUCCUGCAAUAGCACAAGAUUGUCCACAGGGUGGCGCUGUUUGGCGGUGAUUAGUGAGUUAAAGGUGUGUCUCUGCAUUAUCCCUCUCUGAGAUAAAUAUUUCACCCCUCCUCUAAGCACAGCAGGUGCCUCUCAUUUUGGCUUAAUCUACUGAUGAAUAUUAAAGAAAUUAUUUUAUUUGUUGUUUACUCGUGGCACUUUGAGGUUUGUGCACUUUACCUUGUCCUAAAAAGAGGCCUCCGAGCUGCACAUUAAAAGCACAAUAUAACACUAGGAACUAGGAAGACCCUACAAAUUGAUUUUAGACUGGAAAAAUCUUUAGUUUCAUUAAUGCAUUUACAUAGCCCCUUUGAUCUAAAGUAAAAAUGGUAUACAUGGCCUCCUCACUAGCUGUUAAGACAUACAUUACUUCAAUCUCUCUAUAUAUAAAUAUAUAUAUACAUUUAAUAUGCAAGUAAAGGUUUCAAAAGCACCAAGACAUUAAACGUACAACUUUCCUAUUUGGCCAUGGCGAAUGUGUCUACUACACUAAAUCAACAAAUAUUCAGAAAGAAUGACAAUUUAAUACAGCACAAACAAAUGGCACAAAUAAAGUCUCAAAGCACAUAAAACAAACUGCUCUCACCAGCAGCAGCGAACACAAGCUUAAAGGUGCCAAAGAAUGCAUUGAAAUAAUGUGUUAAAUUGAUCUACAUAGAAGGUAUGUGGCUUUAUUAAGUGCAAAAAUUACCCAGAGAUGGUUUGACAUGUGUAUUUACAACCCUAGGAUUAGAAUGAAAUGGUCUACUAUUACUUUAUGUGAAAGGGUCAUGAAUAAUAAUGUUGAGCUCUGUUCUGAUUGGCUGUUUCUCAAAGUAGCUCUUUUAGUAGCUCUGUGCGUGUUAUAUUCUACUGCACCUUUAAGAGUGUACUCAUUACUCAAUGAUUUUACCUAUACAGUGCUCUUCAUAUUAUGGAAUGUAGUAUCACACCGAGCAAAAACAAAUUCGGGAGGUAAAUAAUAUGUGAUCUCUACAUUAGUUGACCCAACAAUGUACUGUAGUAUACUGUUUAUGUUAAACUAAACUAAAUAUACUGUAUUACUGUACAUUAAAGCCAAGCACAACGAUCAGCAGACGAUUUACAAGUAUGAUCUUAAAAUGCAUUAUAGGGAGCAUAAGAUUAAAGUGCUGCUGACCAUGAAAUUUUGUUGUAAGACCGCACACUUUACAUUGAGAUCAUAAGCACAUGUAAUGGUCACAAGUAGUGGUAAUGGAUUAAACAAUUAUAAUCAUACAGUACAUCCAGGAAGUGGUAGUCCAUUAAUACAUAACUGGUCUUUGUUCGAAUAGCAUGCAUUUACAACAAUCUUUAUACAUGUCAGACAUUACAACGUUCACUAAGCGUUGGUGACAAUAAUACACGUGUCCAAAAGUUGCACAUUUUUAUCCUCUUUACACUGUAAAAAAAAAUUCAGAACUAAAAAGUGUAAUAAUCUGAUAAUGUGAUUAGGAGCAUUAAAUCACAAAAAAAAUGACUUUAGCGAGGUUUUCACAGGCAGGGUCACAUUUUCAAUCGGCCUAAUUGAGAUUUCUUAAAUGUAUAAUUUUUAUAACAGUCUGAUUCUUACAUUUACAAAAAAAAUAUGUCGAAAAAUGUUGUUGGAGAGGUCUGAAAUUUGUUUAUAGGGUGUGUGGCAUUAGGUCGAUCAUGACUUGAUCAUGAGAGCCCUGCAGACCUAAGGACUUUUAAUUUGCCAUAAAAAAACAAUGAAGUGCAGCUCUGAGACCUCUUUUCAUUUCAGUUCGUUCUAGCGUAAAUGCUGAGCCAUAUUUAAGUUGACUGUAACUUUAUGAAAUGUACAACUAGCAUCUCUUCCUUUUCAAGAGGUGCUAGAGGCCAUAAUGUUUGUGAGGAAAGUGCUUUAUUGUAUAUUGAUGUACAUGCGAUAUCUGUAAAUAUUGGUGUACAUUUUGUUAAAUGAAUAAUAAGAAAUCUAUGAAAGGCAAACAGGUGAAUUCUUGUAACACUGACGUGUAUGAUAUCACUGUACAGUUAAAAAGUGAAAUAUCUGAAUAUUUUGUAAAUUGUGUAUUAGUGUACGUGUUGUGUAUGGGGUAGUGUCUGUCGUAUCAGGUGUGUGCGUGUAUGUGUGUAUAAAAAAGCUGUUUUAUUUUUGCUAUUUUGAUGUUGUGAGUCCCUAACCUUCCUCUGAUUCACCCCAGCUAUGAGUUUUGGUUCUCAUUUGUCGUCCUACUGUAUUUGCACUGCAAAGAUUGUUUGUUAGAGUACUUGAACUGAAUUAUAUUUCGCUAUUAAUGUAAACGUUGCUUUAAAUUCGUUGUAGAUGUCGGCUUGUCAUACAGCCAUCACCUUAUGUACGCUCCUUCGGCCUUGGUAUCCGCAAUGUUCUUGUUCUUUGCUGCUUCUUGGUUUCGUUAAAAGUCGAAAUGUUGAUGCACUUUUAAGUUUAGUUUGACUAUAUUCAGUGCAUUCAUUCUUGGUAGUGUUAGAUUAACAUGCACUUAAGCUGGGGCAUUCCAUUCUUUGACUUGAAAGUAUACAAGUACAAAGUAGGGAAGUCGAAAAUAGACUCUUGCACUCUGGAAGUGCUAUUGUAAUCAUUAGAAAUAUACUUGAUGUGAAUGUAAACGUAUUUUUCAUCCCCCAAAGUACUGUAACAAUCAUUUGCGGGAUAUUUAGGAAGAAGGGCACUGAUGAAACGUGUACUAUUACCCUCCAUAUUAAGUCUACACUUGUGUGCUGUAAUAGUCUUAGAUUUAUAAGCAAUAUUUCUGCAGGCAUUUACUUUGUUGGUUAGAUGGUCCAUGAGGCUGAAGGAACAGCUGCUAUUCUGAGAGUAGCAGCAUCAGCCCGCUUCACUGUUGGAGAAGAGCAAUGCUCUUAUACUUUUCGUCAAACCCUAUUCUGUUGGGUAAGAGCACAUUCAGAUCACUAGCCACAGUAUACUGUUAGCUACUGUGUGUGAGGACUAUUCUCUAGUCUCUUAGUCAAUGUUAUUGAUAUUGUACAGUAUUUCCGAUUCACUUGGAAAAAGAUAAAUUAUGAAUAUUGAACAUGGACCAUCACACAAACAAAUAAUAAAAAGUUGGUUCACGUGCUAAAA